ACUGUUUCUUAAUCGUCCGAAAACCCGUAACACGGGGAUACAUUAGUAGGAAAUACAAACUAAAGGCGUUAACACUUAUAAACGUUUAUGCCGUUCUGUAAAGAGGUAGUCUGAUACCAAAUGUUGCCACGUGGUAGGUACGCUAUCAUCACGUGACUUUAUUUGACGUCUGUUUCCUUUUGUUGUUUUUGAGAUCAUUUCUGGACGAAUGGUCGAGUUCUGGGAAAAUGUCCCUUUGGAAUACAUUAGGAAUCUCUCCCAAUUCCAACAUGUAUAUAUGUUGAAAAUGUUGAUCAAGGGCGAAUUUAAUAACCAAAUAUUGGGGGAGGUGAGGGACACCUGAUUCACUACAAGGGCGUGUACAAGUCGGUGGUAGGCGGACCAUGUGACUUCGUUUGUCCCUCCUGACAUACAUCACCCGGAUCCGUCACGUGAUUGACCUCGAACACAUCCGUGCACUUCUCGGAUAGACAGAUAUAUAGUCACUUAUAUAGCUAUCUUGAACAUGAUUCAGCCUAUCUAAACAAAAAUCAUUUCCGAGAUUGAGUUCUCUACACCCGUUUGCGCCAUUGGCAUCAGCUCUGAAUUAAUCACGUGAUAUCUAUCGACCUACUUGUUGGAGCGGCGUGUAUAUCACGGAUCCUAUACAACAUGACACACAAUAUGCGAAGCCUUGCAUAAAGUACAGUAUCCUGUUAUGGGUUGACCUAUGCAGCAUGACCUACUCUCACAAGAACACGUCCUUCGACACCCAGGAGGUCCUGCAAAUACUGCAUGAGCCAGACUGGACACGGGUCAUCAGGCAGCCGCCGGUCAAGCCAAGGGCAGGAGAUGUGUUCCUCUAUCACUUCACAGAGGAAAGCAAGAAAGAUGACUGGAAGUGUGACCAGUACCACUUUCACCAUGAUGGCACCAGGAAGCAACCCAAGAGGAACCCAAAGUUCAACAAGACGUUUUUUGUCAUCAGGACGAGUCAUGGCAAAGACAGCCGGUUCAAGAAACAUGCUUACAUUCUGCUGGGAGAUAGUGGCAAUCUUGUCCUGUUCCAGUAUCUGGGAGAUCACUCUGUGGCACUAGACUUGCCUCAUGGGAACUCCAGGGACCCCGCUCAGAUAUACACGCGUCUAUGUCCGUCCGUCAUCAGAAGCAUCAAGAAUGUCUCAAUCCGAGUAAAAGAGACGUUCAAACAGAUGGAGAAGGAUGCUGGGACGUCAGCAGCACCGAUGAUCAACAAGCCGCGAUCAUUAGAACAGAUCAGAAACAUCCGAUUCCGGGAAAGACAGAAAAAUAAAUUGAAAGGAAAAGGAAAGAAAAAGAAAAAGAAGAAAAUGUUGGUAAAAAGAAAUGACAAUGAGACAGAAGAGCAGACCCCAUUACUUAAAGAUGCAAUAGGUGAUGACAAUGAGCAGAUAUCAACGAGGGAUGAUUCAACAGAUGUGCAGUCUCCGCACAACAGUGAUGUUUCACCCAAUACCCAGAAUAAGCUGCUCGAACUAGCUGAUGUGUGCUCUAACAGGUAUGUUGAAAACCAGACCACCCCGGAAGAUCUGGAGGGUAAGGAGAAUGGACAUGCUGACUCAGCACCCUUGGGCACACCGAAAUCUACACACACGGAUGCAGGUCAACAUUGCAGUGCUGACAUGGAUAACAUGAAGGGUAAAUACCCGGAACACGUUUCUGAAGACGAUGUCAUUCAGUCAGCAGAUGGAACUGGUCACUGGUCCACACAGGCAGGAGCUGCAGACUCUCCUUCAGGAUGCGAGGACCCCUUGGACAGUGCUAAUGUUGACACAGAACAUACAACCGAUCAUACAUACAGUUCUGCUACAUAUCUCCAAGAUCAGGGCGUGUCUUCCAGCAGUCAAGCCAGUAACAUCAGCAUCGGCGGGAGAACCAGAACUCAGAAUCACUCAUCAAUCUCGUCAAACAAAGAUUUAGUCCCAGAUUCUCCCUCUGAAAAUUUACAAACGGGGUGUAAUUUUCCCCUAACAGGCAUUAACUCCUGCACAUUGGAAGUUUUCAUUCAAGAUACCAAAACCAGCGGGCAGUUACAAACAGUUCGAGACAAAUUAUUUGAGAUUGAAAAAGAAUGGCAGUGUUCUAGAGCCAUUGCUAAUACUGCCAAUCAAAUUGGAGCUUGUGAAAUCGCUGUCCAGAAUCAUUUGCCUGUCAGUAUCACAGAAACAAAUCCCUUUUGCCCUUCUGUGAUGACAGUACAAGCUGGAAGUAAAUCUGAUCAAGACUCUUCCUGUCAAUUUUCUAACGUGACAUCUGUACCUGACUCUGUAACAUCAUUCCUAUCACAAGUCAAAUCGGCAUGGACUGCUCAAUUCAACAUGACAAGAAGCUUUCUGGGUAGCACAAUGCAUGGACAGUGUUUGUCGGAGAUGCUACAUGGUUCUCUCGACCUUCUUGCAGCAGUGCUUGUAGGAGCCUACAGCACCCGCUGUACCCCUGUCUCACUACUGGAGACCCUGUAUUCACACCCACACCACCUGGAGGAGAUUACGCCUCUCCAUGCAGAGGUAGACCCUGAUGCUAAGUACAACAUUGGAAACUACACUUUGUCGGGAAGGGACAUCAAUAGGCUUGAAGGUUCAUCAUGGUUAGACGACAGUGUCAUUCAUUCAUAUCUGCAUCUCCUCACGGUGAAAUAUAAGCAGCAGUAUGGCGGCAAGGUGUUUGUCUUGGAAUGCUUCCUGGCCACGCUAUGGGAGAACCACAAUUACACAGAGUGGCUGUUCCAAAAGGAGCACCUGAUUGACUAUGAUUGGAUCAUGAUGCCGGUGUGCCGCAGCAGUCACUGGGCGUUGAUGGCAGCCAACGUCAAAGACAGAGCCAUCAGUGUCAUCGACUCCAGACCUUCAGUUCAUCGUCAGACAAGCCUGGUACAUCACUGGAUGAAGUACAUGCAGUGUCGCAGUGACCAGACAGGGGAGGAUCUGUGUGUGUGGCAGGAGUCUCACUGUCCUGUCUUCCCACAAACUGACGGCAGCAGCUGUGGAGUGUUUGUUCUUAUGUGUGCUGAGGCGUUGUUAUCUGGAGUCCAUCCGGCAGUAAUGAGGAAUUACCAUGUUAAUGGGUACAGACAAUACAUAAAGAGCAGACUCAUGUCAGCUGUGCAGGUGGCUGAGGACAUCUCAUUGAUGGAAGAUAUGGAGGGUGCACCACUGACAGUUAGAGAAGUGGUGCAGGUGUCUGAGGACAUCCACUUGGUGGAAGAUAAGGAGGGUGCACCACCGACAGCUGGAGAAGUGGUGCAGGUGUCUAAGGACAUCCACUUGGUGGAAGAUAUGGAGGGUGCACCACCGACAGCAGGAGAAGUGGUGCAGAUGUCUGAGGACAUCCACUUGGUGGAAGAUAUGGAGGGUGCACCACCGACAGCAGGAGAAGUGGUGCAGGUGUCUAAGGACAUCCACUUGGUGGAAGAUAUGGAGGGUGCACCACCGACAGCAGGACAAGUGGUGCAGAUGUCUGAGGACAUCCACUUGGUGGAAGAUAUGGAGGGUGCACCACCGACAGCAGGAGAAGUGGUGCAGGUGUCUAAGGACAUCCACUUGGUGGAAGAUAUGGAGGGUGCACCACCGACAGCAGGAGAAGUGGUGCAGGUGGCUGAGGACAUCCACUUGGUGGAAGAUAUGGAGGGUGCACCACCGACAGCAGGAGAAGUGGUGCAGAUGUCUGAGGACAUCCACUUGGUGGAAGAUAUGGAGGGAGCACCACCGACAGCAGGAGAAGUAAUGCAGGUGUGUGAGGACAUCCACUUGGUGGAAGAUAUGGAGGGAGCACCACUUAUAGCAGGAGAAGUGGUGCAGAUGUCUGAGGACAUCCACUUGGUGGAAGAUAUGGAGGGUGCACCACCGACAGCUGGAGAAGUUUGUCCAGUGGACAGUGAGAGACAAGGCAGAAGACUUGCAACAGAAGUUGGGCAGCUGAUCAACAUAUCUGUAGUGACACCCACAUCUACGACUGCACCGGUCUUAUGUGCUGCCACUGAUGUGGAGAGUAUGACAGAAGAAUUAAGGUCUGCAUCUAAAGAGGAAACAACUUCUGAGAAUGUAAAAUCAAAUGACUCACAAAGGUCAUCGUCAAAGGAUGUGAUUGUUCUCGAUACUGAGUCUGCACAUGCUCAAGGAGCUGGCUCAGCUGAUACACAAUCUCCUCUGUUAGAUCCUGACCUACAGCCAUCAGCAGAUCUGAAAUCACAGUGCCAGAUGUUAUUUCAAAAACACAAGAUCCAUUUUGCUGCCCUUACAGUUGUUUGUCUGCAAGAUGGAAAACUCAGCAUGUCACAUGUUGAAGAAGCAUCUGAGAACUCGUUACUUAAAACCCACAUGAUGUGGGCAAGCACCUUGUCAGGAGCUGAUAGCAUUAAGCUGAAUAACAUGUUUACAACAUCGCUGCAUCACAUGAGAGGAAAUCUACUGACGGAAUCCGAUGGGAUAUUUACACUUCAGAAUAUAUAUGCAAUUACAAUUGUCACUGCCAUACUGACAGAUCAUUCAGCAGAUUACAUGGACAUCAUCGAUAUCAUGUUCCUGUACAGGCAUGUCAGACUGCUGGACGAACACUCUGCUUCCUGUGAGAAGUUUGUCAUCUGUUUGAGUAGAUUCCAACAGAGGCUUUUGAUGAAGAGAUUUUCACAUGAGAUACUCCAGCAUAGGUUUGCCUUCGUCCUGUCACAUGAGGCAUGUGGAUCUCACUCAUUUUGUGUUCGACUUUUGAAGGAAGUCCAGAGUGGGAUGGAGGAGGAUACUUUGAAAGACUUGGUCCAGACAUCUGACAGAAUACAUGGUUGUUCCUUCUCUCAUUGGCUGUCAAUGGGAAAGCACCUGGAACUGUAUAGAUCAGUGGCUGUGUUCCUGUCAGAUAGUGACACUUGUGAAUGUAUGAUAGGUUGUUGUCUGACAGGAAAUGCUGCCCUCCUGGAGCUAAUACUCCAAACGAUGGAUUCCGAGGUAGCAAAUUCAGCCCUGCCAAAGUGUCGAUAUCUACCUGUUAUCGCUGAGCCAAGUGACAUAAAAAUACUUGACACGCACCUGCUGCCUCCGCUCCAUCUGGCUUGUUACUAUGGCAACCGAACUGUUGUUUCUAUUCUAACUGAGCAUAACUUUGAAAUCAACAAGCAGGUUUCAGGUGGCAAGGAAGAUGGAGCAAUACCAGCUGAAUCCACACCAAUCUCUGUGGCUUCACUCCAAGGACACACAAGUACUGUGGAACUCCUGCUGAAGCAUGGAGCCAACGUUGAAGUUGUUGAUGUCAAUUACAACACUCCUCUGCACAUCGCAUGCAUUCAGAGACAUAGAGACAUUGUCACUACUAUGGUUGCAGCCUGUAGAGGAAUUAUGUCUGAGAGAAAUAUUGACGGGAACACUCCAAUUCAUUUAGUUUGUCAGACAGGAGACAUUAAUAUUGUUGAAAUUCUUUUGAAUCUUGAUUGCGAUUGCUCUUUGUUGAACUAUGGUAACUACCUACCACUUGAUAUAGCAUGUGAGCAAGGGGAUGAAGGUGUGGUAAAGGCAUUGCUACACAAGUGGGGUUACCCAGUACCAUAUGACGGAUCCGACACACCCCUGCACAAAGCAUGUCGAGCAGGCUUCCCAUGGAUUGUACAGCUCCUUCUUAUGUAUGAUGCGGAAAGAUCAGUAAAUGUGGAUGCUGGACACCCACUGUUGAUAGCUAUUAAACAGAACAGGCCUUGCAUUGCAAGUAUGUUGAUGACAAAGAAGACAUCCAUGUUAGUGUUGGAUGGUUAUGGUAACACAGUUCUGUGGAGUGCCUGUAAAGGGGGACAUGUGGAGAUAGUGAAACUAUUGGUGGAGAAUGGGCUGGAUGUAUCACAGUCUGAUUAUGAUAACACAGCUCUGGAGAGUGCCUGUGAAGGGGGAGAUGUGGAGAUUGUGAAACUAUUGUUGGAGAAUGGGCUGGAUGUAUCACCGUCUUAUUAUGGUGGCAGAGCUCUGUGCAGUGCCUGUAAAGGGGGACAUGUGGAGAUUGUGAAACUAUUGUUGGAGAAUGGGCAGGAUGUAUCACAUUCUUAUUAUGGUAACAGAGCUCUAGAGAGUGCCUGUGAAGGGGGACAUGUGGAGAUUGUGAAACUAUUGUUGGAGAAUGGGCUGGAUGUAUCACAGUAUGAUUGUUGUGGCAGAGCUCUAGAGAUUGCCUGUGAAGGGGGACAUGUGGAGAUAGUGAAACUAUUGGUGGAGAAUGGGCUGGAUGUAUCACAGUAUGAUUGUUGUGGCAGAGCUCUAGAGAUUGCCUGUGAAGGGGGACAUGUGGAGAUAGUGAAACUAUUGGUGGAGAAUGGGCUGGAUGUAUCACAGUAUGAUUAUGGUGACACGGCUCUAGAGAUUGCCUGUGAAGGGGGACAUGUGAAGAUUGUGAAACUAUUGGUGGAGAAUGGGCUGGAUGUAUCACAGCCUGAUUAUGGUGACACGGCUCUAGAGAUUGCCUGUGAAGGGGGACAUGUGGAGAUAGUGAAACUAUUGUUGGAGAAUGGGCUGGAUGUAUCACAGUAUGGUUAUGCUGGCAGAGCUCUAGAGAUUGCCUGUGAAGGGGGACAUGUGGAGAUAGUGAAACUAUUGGUGGAGAAUGGGCUGGAUGUAUCACAGUAUGAUUAUGGUUACUAUCUGUGGAGUGGCUUUAAAGAGGGGCAUGUGGAGAUAGUGAAACUAUUGAUGGAGAAUGGGCUGGAUGUAUCACAGUCUUAUUAUGGUGGCAGAGCUCUAGAGAGUGCCUGUGAAGGGGGACAUGUGAAGAUAGUGAAACUAUUGUUGGAGAAUGGGCUGGAUGUAUCACAGUCUGAUUAUGGUGGCAGAGCUCUAGAGAGUGCCUGUGAAGGGGGACAUGUGAAGAUAGUGAAACUAUUGUUGGAGAAUGGGCGGGAUGUAUCACAGUAUGAUUAUGGUUACUAUCUGUGGAGAGCCUGUAAAGGGGGACAUGUGGAGAUAGUGAAACUAUUGAUGGAGAAUGGGCUGGAUGUAUCACAGCCUGAUUAUGGUAACACGGCUCUAGAGAGUGCCUGUAAAGGGGGGCAUGUGGAGAUAGUGAAACUAUUGGUGGAGAAUGGGCUGGAUGUAUCACAGUAUGAUUAUGGUGGCAGAGCUCUAGAGAGUGCCUGUAAAGGGGGACAUGUGGAGAUAGUGAAACUAUUGGUGGAGAAUGGGCUGGAUGUAUCACAGUAUGAUUAUGGUGGCAGAGCUCUAGAGAGUGCCUUUAAAGGGGGGCAUGUGGAGAUAGUGAAACUAUUGAUUGAGAAUGGGCUGGAUGUAUCACAGUCUGAUUAUGGUGGCAGAGCUCUAGAGAUUGCCUGUGAAGGGGGACAUGUGGAGAUAGUGAAACUAUUGGUGGAGAAUGGGCUGGAUGUAUCACAGUCUGAUUAUGGUUACACAGCUCUGUUGAGUGCCUGUGAAGGGGGACAUGUGGAGAUUGUGAAACUAUUGUUGGAGAAUAGACUGGAUGUACCACAGUCUGAUCAUGGUGUUUCAGUUCUAGGGAGUGCCUGUGAAGGGGGACAUGUGGAAAUUGUGAAACUUUUAUUGAAAUUGUUGCUGAAGAAAUGUGUGGAUGUGUCCUUCACUUUCAAAGUUUUGUUAAGAGUCUGCGCAAACAGACAAACUGAUAUAUUUAGGUGUUUCGUCGACAGAAUGGAAACAGAACAACGACUGUGUGAUAUAUUUAGUCAACAGGACGAAGAUGGAAACACAGUUAUACAUUAUUGUUGUGUUACAGGCAGCAGGGAUGAAAUUUUGAUGCUCCUGACUAAAGUCCCAUUUUCUGUCUUCAACAUGGUUAAUGUUAAUGGAGACACACCACUAGAUCUAGCAGUGAAACAUGGUCAUAUACACAUAGUGAGAGAUCUUAUUACUUUUACGGAAAUAAGUUAUGCAGCACCUAAACUGUUCAAAAUGGCUAUUAGACUUGGUGAUGCACAUACAGUAAUGCUGUUGUCAAAGAGAUCUGUUGGAAAAAUAAUUGGAAAUAACUGGAACAAAGAGGAACUCAUGAAACUUUUGAAGGAUGUAGCUAAUGAAGGUAGUUUUGCUAUUUACCAGAUUCUCAGCAACAUGUUACAAAAAGCAUUGAACACAAAAAAGUUGGAAUCUUGGUGUCCAUCAGUUCAUAUUUGUAAAGACCUUAUUCAAAAUGGGUGUUGUGCAUCUGAUGAUGUUAUGACAAAGCUGUUGGGCAUGAAGAAUGCUCUUCUGUUGGACAUGUUAAUAGAUGUGGGAUAUUUGAGGACAAGCAAUACCAUUCACAGUACAAAAGCCAUGGAUAUAGCAUGUAAGCUAGGACUAGCAAAUAUUGUUGAAAAGAUAGCCCUUUUUGGUGUUCCUGUCAUCUGCCAGAAUAAUCCUGGCCAAAUGUUUUUGCAUACGGCAUGCAGGUAUGGCCAUGACAAUAUCACAAGUCUGCUCAUCAACAAAGGUGCAGAGGUAAACCAAGCUGAUGAUAGUUUGAAUACACCUUUGCACAUAGCAUGCAGAAAUGGAAAUAUAUCAAAUAUAAGAAUUCUUUUAGAAGCCAGUGCACAUGUCAAUGCAAGAGACACCAAUGGCGCAACACCCCUUCUGUUAGCAUGUAAGUUGAGACACAGCAAGGUUGUCAAACUAUUGAUGGAUGUUGGAGCAGAUGUAUCAACUUCAAAUGAUGCUGGUGAAACAUGUCUCCAUUUGUGCUGUGAACGAGGAAAACUGUCUCUAGUUGAAAUGCUUCUGGAUGCAGGAGCACCUGUAGACAGCAAGGGACCUAAUGACAUAACCCCACUUCUGAUAGCAUCAAAGCAUGGAUAUACAGACAUUGUAAAAACACUUGUGCGUCAUGGUGCUAAAGUAUCUAAUAUAGACAUUAAUGCCAAUUCAUGUCUUCAUCACUUUUGCCGACUUGGAAAAACUGAAACAGUGAAAUUUUUACUUGAUGCUGGAGGUAAUGCGUCUAUUGCAAACAAGGUAGAAAUGACAUGUUUUCACAUAGCAUGCCUGAUGAACCAUCUGCAGCUUGUGGAUAUGCUGCAAGGAUAUGCACCAGCUAUUACCUACAACCAAAGUCAACAAUUCCAAAUAAUGUCAAAAUCAUGUAAACGUGGACAAGACUCAAUCGUUGACCUAUUAGUAAAGAAUGGAUGGAAUCCGUCCAUUACAAAUGGGAAGAAUGAAACACCUCUGCAUAUGGCCUGCAAAUACAGACAGACACUUGUACUAAGGGUUCUGUUGAGACACAAUGCUAAUGUUUUUGCAAAAAGCGAUACAGGAGACAUACCAUUCACAAGUAUCCUUGCUUGUCCUCGGAUGUUCAAGGUGUUUUGUCAAGUGUACCCAGAUGUAUCCAUGUGUGAUGAUGAAAGGAACAGUGUUCUACACCAAGCGUGUAUGAAAGGACUCCAAGAGUGUGUUGGUAUCCUGUGUGAGAGGGGAGCAAGGGUAGACAUUAAAAACAGCCUUGGCUAUUACCCAGUUCAUGUGGCUGCUGAAAACAAUAAUGCCCCCAUCUUGAAAACUCUCUUGAAAUAUAAUGCUGAUAUAUCAGUCAAAGAUAAUGAAAAUCAAACCCCUCUUCAUCAUGCUUGUGAUGAGGGUCGCACCGAAUCUGUUUCUAUGUUAAUUGAAGCAGGAGCUGACAUUGAUGCCAGAGAUUCACAUUCAUCAACACCUUUACACCUUGCUUGUAGAAAUGGACAUCUUCCUGUUGUACAGUUCCUGACAGAGAACAACGCAGAUAUCAACCAUCUUGAUAAUCAACACAACUCUGGCCUUUGUAUUGCCUGUGAGAACGGUCAUGCAGACAUUGCAUCAUAUUUGUUUGGAAAGGGUGUUUCAAUUCACAUCAAGGGACAUCGUGGAAACACACCACUCCACAGAGCAUGCUCCCAGGGCCAUGCCACCAUUGUAGAACAGUUGCUUUUGAAUGGGGCAGAUCCACUAGUAGAAAACACAAAUGGAAAUAUUCCUUUGUAUCAUGCUGUCCUCUGGGGCCAUGUUAAAGUUAUAAGGGUACUUCUCGAUAAAUGUCUGCCAUUGUUUCAGCUACAUGUCAAAGGUCACAGAUUUCUUAAAGAAGCGUGUGCACGAGGUCAUCUUGACGUAAUACAAGACCUCCUUGAUCAUGGUGCAGGUGCGUCACUUCAACAAUGUGACAUGAGGCCACUAGUGAAUGCUGCACUGGAGACUAACAGACUUGAGUGUCUUAUCAAGAUAGUGAAAGAUGUCCUUGAUGAUGCAGAUGUUAACGGGAAAACCAUCCUCCAUAUACUGUGUGAAUCUGACAAUACUCCCCUGGACUGGAUUAAGAAGGUUGUUGAAUGUGGGUCAAAUGUGUGUCCACCUAGCUCAAAGGAUGGGAAAUUGCCCCAACAUAUAUGCAGUGAAAAUGGGAGAGAGGACAUCCUGCACUUUAUACUUGACAAGGGUGGUGACAAACUUGCUAAAGACAAUGCUGGUUGGACUGUACUUCACUAUGCCUGUGUGAAUGGGAACUUUGUCCUUGCAGAAUGGCUGAUUAAGGAUGGAUUUGAUAUAAAUAUUCAAGACAACUCUGGAAAUUCCCCACUGGAUUUGGCAAUAUUGAAUAGCAGAUAUGAAAUAACUUGUCUUUUUGAUCUUUCAUAUAUAUGUACACAACAUAAUGCACAUUUAAACAGUCACUCAGUCAGGCACAUCUGUUGUGAAAAUCAGGUAGAAUUUUUGUCAUUGUGCCUCAAAUGCAGGGUAAUGUUUAACUGCGACCUGACAGGUAACAGCCUCCUCCAUGUGGCAUGUGAUGAAGGGAAACCAGAGAUUGUUCAACUGCUCACAUCAGCUGGAUGGUUUCCAUGUGAGACAAAUGCAAUAGGAGAGACCCCGGUACACUUAGGAUGUGGAGAUCCAAACAUUUUGGCUGUUAUAUUCAACACAGUUCUAGACAGGCAACUUUCCAAGAAGAUGAUGAUGACUCAAGACACGGAUGGCAAUACACCUUUACAUGUUGCUACAUAUGAAAGGUGUUCUGAAAAUGUGGCAUUGCUGCUGGAAAGAGGGGCAGAUGUAAACAUUGUAAACAUGCACAAGCAAACGGUCUUGCAUGUGGCAUGCCAGUGUGGGGAUGAAAAUAUAGUAGCUUUGUUUCUAUCAGCGAAAGCAGAUAUAUGUGCACUAGAUGCACACGGUGACACACCAUUGCAUACUGCUUGCCAAGAAGGACACAUCAAUGUCCUUAAACUUCUCUUACUUCAUGGAGGUAUGUUAGACUGUGUUAACAAACAAGGACAAACAGUCCUUCACAUUGCAUGCGCUUCUGGUCAACCAAGUCUUCCUGACAUUUUGGAAGUGGUUGCUGAUAAAGAUGCUUUGAAACGAGCACUUUGUGUCAAAGACUGGGAAGGAAACACACCUAUACAUGUUGCUGCAGGUGUAAACUGGUCAGAAGAUAUGAAUCAUCUCGUAAAGGUUGCAGAUGUUAGUAUGCGGAACAACGUCAAUCAAACUGCUCUACACAUAGCAUGUACAGAAGGAAACAAGGCAGCUGUUCACUGUCUCCUCCGGGCUGGAUCAAACGUAGCUGAAACAUACCUCAUAGGGGACACACCACUCCAUAUUGUGUGUCACAAUGGAUGUCUUGAUUUGGUAAAGAUGGUCAUUCAACAUGGAGGUGACACUGAGGCUGUUAACAAGGCAGGGAGAACACCACUGCAUGAAGCAGCCUUCUGUGGACAUGUGGACGUAGUGAAAUAUCUCAGUGAAUGUGGUUGUGAUAUUAAGGCACUAGAUAAUACAGGAAAUAGUGUUCUGCAUCUGGCAUGUAAAUCUGGAAGCUCUGGCACAGUGGAAAUGUGUCUUGCUGAAAAGGUUAAACCAAACAUAUAUGGCAACACCCCUCUCCAUGUUGCUGCCGGGUCUAGCAACAAAGAUGUGGUAACAAUGAUUCUAUUGAAAGGAUAUAAUGUGAAUGCUGCCAACAAGCAUGGAGAAACACCGCUUUUCUUUGCCUGUUAUCAUGGAAGGACUAUCACAGCUACAGAAUUACUCCGAUCUGGGGCUGAGAUGGAUGUUUCUAACACUGAAGGAUACACACCAUUACACAUGGCCAGUCUGAUGGGACAUCUGGACACAGUGCUUCUUCUUCUGGCAUUCAAACCUAAUCUUGAAGUGAGAUCAUGCAGUGGGAGCACCCCACUUCACCUAGCUUGCCAAGGUGGGUCUGUAGGUGCUGCUGAUGCUUUACUGAAGGCUGGAGCUAGAGUUGACUCGGUUGACAGGGAUCUUAACACCCCACUACAUAUUGCCUCAGACAACAGCAGUGAAGACAUGAUCAGCCUGCUGGCAAGGUGGGAUGUCAGUGCAGGUCCAAAGAAUGUAUUAGGUGACACACCUCUUCAUGUGGUCUGUAAAAGAGGAUUUGAACACAUGAUCAUCAGUGUCUUAAAACUAACAUGUGACAUCCUACAUGAAAACAAGGAAGGCAAAACACCAUUGCAAUUAGUGUGUGAAAAAGGGUUUACACAUAUUUUAGAAAUUCUUCUAAACAGACUUUGGGUAUGUCAGAACCUCAAACAACCAAAUCUUCAGAAAGAUUUGACCAAGUGUAACCAUAAGCUUUACUUCAGUAGAUACCUUCAUAUGGCCUGUGAAGGAAAACACUGUGGCAUUGUCAAACAUCUACUACAGCACAAUGCUGAUGUGAAUCAUAAGGGCAAGACAGGGGACACACCUUUAGUAACAGCAUGUAGAGUAGAAGCUCCCGACAUUGUGAAAUUGUUGGUGGAGUGCGGAGCUGAUAUACUGUUCCAAGACAAAGAUGGACUGUCUCCGCUACACAUCACCUGCAGAAAGGGCAACAAAGAUAUUGUCAAUGUACUUUUGGAAAAAGGAGCAAAUUUUGGAGUGAUGGAUAAACAUGGACGUUCACCAUUGUUUGAAGCUGUUGAGAAUGCACAUUUAGAAAUUGUGUCAUUGUUGAUAGCACUGGGUGCAAAUGUGCGUCUUCAAAACAGAUACUACCGCACACCACUCCAUGAAGCAUGUUGGGAGGGACAUACAGAGUGUGUAAGGAUGCUCAUGAGAGCAGGAGCGGAGUUAGAUGUUCCAAAUCGCUAUGGCAACACGCCCCUCCACAAUGCAUGCAUGCAGAGACACAGGGAGGUAGUGGAUGUUCUGCUUCAGGGUGGAGCUGAAGUCUCACCAGUGAACAAGAGGAACAUGACCCCACUUCACUACGCAUGUCUCUUGGGACUGGCUGGCACUGUAGAUCUCCUUGUCAAGGCAGGGGCAGAUGGUAAUUUCACAGACUCAAAAGGCAGGACCCCUGUGGACAUGUGCUCAAGACAAGACCUUGUCACCAUCUUGACAAAUAGACAUGCUGCUAAUUCUGGGAGAAAGAGAACAAGUGGGAAAGUGUGUGAUGGUGACUUGCCUCCCAGUAAGCGACGACGGUUUCAGGACAGUCUUGACAAGUCUAAAGACCAAACUGACAAGAAUGAAGAGAUGGAACUUCUGUCUUGGAGUCUGCUUACAGGACACUGCCACUACCUCUGAUAUACACUGAGUGGGGGAUACAGACUUCAUAUCCCCCUGUGAGGCACAUGGAUCAGUGUAUACCAUAAUAUGGCUGCUCGUUAUGUGCACAUUAUCUGGCAGCUCCACAAUGUGUGUUCAGAUAGAUAGGUGUGUGAUCUAUGUAUUUGAUAUGCACACUUAUAGGCAUGCUUAUAUGUAGCAAAAAAUGGCUUUAACAUUGAUUUAUGGAUGUAAUUAUGGAAAUGUAUAUCAGGAUGUCAAAAUAGAAAGUCAUUUAAUGAAUAUUAAUAUAAGUGUAAGAAAUGUGAAUAUGGACACUGUGGUUAGGAUUUAAACAGAAUAUUGUUGUAGUAAAUGCAUUUGAAUCCAACUUAAUGUAAAUAUGUACAUAUAGCAGUUAUGUUAGGAUGUGCAAAAUAGAAUAUGAUUACCGGUAUAACAGUAGGUGAAUAAAUAAAAUUAAUGUAAAUAUGAAUACUGAUGUUAGGAUAACCAAUGUAACCUAUCAAUAUAUAUGACCAACCAUGCGAUAAGGGACCUUAUGGGUGAAAAAUCACAUUUUGACUUUUCAUAAUAUUUUAAAACUUCAGCAUCUCCGGCACACAAAAAAACAAUUCACAAGCUUCAAUUCAUAUUUAUCACAGAGAUACAUGACAUUAAACAUUUGAACUCAUUUUUCUAUUAUAACUGUUUAUGUAAUAAUUACAGUUUUUAGAUAUAAUGCCUGAUGAAUUGAAAGUAAACCUGAAGGGUUUUGAAGUAAUGUUUUUAUUUCAUUGCAAACUAACAAGAGAAAAAUAAGAUGUUUUUUGUACAGUCUGCACACAUGGCAAUCUUCACUGAAGUAAGUUCACUUAUGACUUAUAAAAAAAGCGACAAUAAACAUUUCAAUACACAUAAGAAAUCAUAAGUAAUAAGAGUUGAUUGUACAAUUCUGACACUAUGAUAAACGUGUUUAUGAAUUACUCUUAAAUAGUGAUGAUCCCUGGUGUUUAUAAAAUGGUGAACAUAUCCUGCCUCACCAGUGCCACGCAUCACAAACACAUGGAAAGACAAGUCAAUUGUUCACUUUUCCUCUGCCUGUUACGCAUUUAUAGUAAUUCAAAAAAGAUUUUAUUGAAAGUGUUGUAUUCGUUUGUAAAUAAUACGACGACAGAAGAUACAAGUUAAAUACCCAUAUGUUACAAAAGCAGAUGACAAACAAAACUUGACACAUGUUCUUGGUAGAAGAAAUGAAAUUUCUCAAAUAUGUGUUGAUUCUUAAAAUGUGUAAAUAAUCUCAAUAAAUCUAUAAUAUACCAGAAACAUGACAUGGUCUUUCCUAAAAUAUAAGUUAUGUGCACCUAAAACAUUGCUUGUAAUAACUAUGUAGUGUGGGCUGAUACUAGAAUGUAAACUGGGAAUAUACAUUUAUAUGCAGCUCAUGUAAAUAUGGACACCAAUGUUAGAAUGUGAACAGAGAAUAUGCAAUAAUAUGCAGCUCAUGUAAAUAUGGACACUAAUGUCUGGAUGUAAACAUAGAAUAUGCAAAUAUAUGCAGCUCAUGUAAAUAUGGACACUAAUGUUAGAAUGUGAACAGAGAAUAUGCAAUUAUAUGCAGCUCAUGUAAAUAUGGACACUAAUGUUAGGAUGUGAACAGAGAAUAUGCAAUUAUAUGCAGCUCAUGUAAAUAUGGACACUAAUGUUAGGAUGUAAACAGAGAAUAUGCAAUUAUAUCCCGCUCAUGUAAAUAUGGACACUUAUGUCAGGAUGUAAACAGAGAAUAUGCAAAUAUAUGCAGCUCAUGUAAAUAUGGACACUAAUGUUAGGAUGUAAACAGAGAAUAUGCAAAUAUAUGCAGCUCAUGUAAAUAUGGACACUAAUGUUAGGAUGUAAACAGGAUAUGCAAUUAUAUGUAGCUCAUGUAAAUAUGGACACUAAUGUUAGAAUGUGAACAGAGAAUAUGCAAUUAUAUGCAGCAUGGACACUAAUGUUAGCAUGUAAACAGAGAAUAUCCAAUCAUAUGCAGCUAAUGUAAACAUGGACACUUAUGUCAGGAUGUAAACAUAGAAUAUGCAAUUAUAUGCAGCUAAUGUAAAAAUGGACAGUAAUGUCAGGAUGUAAACAUAGAAUAUAGUUUCAUCAAUAUGACCUUUAAUGUAAAAAAUGUAAAUAUGGACACUGAUGUCAGGAUGUAAACAUAGAAUAUGGUUUCAUCAAUAUGACCUUUAAUGUAAACAAUGUAGAUAUGGACAGUAAUGUCAGGAUGCAAACAUAGAAUAUGGUUUCAUCAAUAUGAUUCUCAAUGUAAACAAUGUAAAUAUGGACACUUAUGUCAGGAUGUAAACAUAGAAUAUGGUUUCAUCAAUAUGAUUCGCAAUAUUUGAACAAUGUAAAUAUGGACACUUAUGUCAGGAUGUAAACGUAGAAUAUGGUUUCAUCAAUAUGAUUCGCAAUAUUUGAACAAUGUAAAUAUGGACACUGAUGUCAGGAUGUAAACAUAGAAUAUGGUUUCAUCAAUAUGACCUUUAAUGUAAACAAUGUAAAAAUGGACACUUAUGUCAGGAUGUAAACAUAGAAUAUGGUUUCAUCAAUAUGACCUUUAAUGUAAACAAUGUAAAUAUGGACACUAAUGUCAGGAUGU